CCCCGCGUCGAGCCCCGGGCCGGGCCUGAGCGCGCGGGCUGGGCGCCGCCGCCAUGGCGGAGACCAAAAUCAUCUACCACAUGGACGAGGAGGAGACGCCGUACCUGGUCAAGCUGCCCGUGGCCCCCGAGCGCGUCACGCUGGCGGACUUCAAGAACGUGCUCAGCAACCGGCCUGUGCACGCCUACAAAUUCUUCUUCAAGUCCAUGGACCAGGACUUCGGGGUGGUGAAGGAGGAGAUCUUUGAUGACAACGCCAAGCUGCCCUGCUUCAAUGGCCGCGUGGUUUCCUGGCUGGUCUUGGCCGAGGGUGCUCACUCGGACGCGGGGUCCCAGGGCACUGACAGCCACGCGGACCUGCCCCCGCCUCUCGAGCGGACGGGUGGCAUCGGAGACUCCCGGCCCCCCUCCUUCCACCCAAACGUGGCCAGCAGCCGUGAUGGGAUGGACAAUGAGACUGGCACGGAGUCCAUUGUUAGCCACCGGCGGGAGCGAGCCCGACGCCGGAACCGUGAGGAAGCCGCCCGGACCAAUGGGCACCCGAGGGGGGACCGGCGGCGGGACCUGGGGCUGCCCCCCGACAGCGCGUCCACCCUGCUGAGCAGUGAGCUUGAGUCCAGCAGCUUUGUCGACUCUGAUGAGGACGAUGAUACCAGCAGGCUGAGCAGCUCCACGGAGCAGAGCACCUCGUCCCGGCUCAUCCGGAAGCACAAGCGCCGCCGGCGGAAGCAGCGCCUGCGGCAGACGGACAGGGCCUCCUCCUUCAGCAGCAUCACCGACUCCACCAUGUCCCUGAACAUCGUCACCGUCACGCUCAACAUGGAGCGGCACCACUUCCUGGGCAUCAGCAUCGUGGGCCAGAGCAACGACCGGGGUGACGGUGGCAUCUACAUCGGCUCCAUCAUGAAGGGCGGGGCCGUGGCCGCUGACGGCCGCAUCGAGCCAGGCGACAUGCUGCUGCAGGUAAACGACGUCAACUUUGAGAACAUGAGCAACGAUGACGCCGUGCGGGUGCUGCGGGAGAUCGUGUCCCAGACGGGGCCCAUCAGCCUCACGGUGGCCAAGUGCUGGGACCCGACUCCCCGGAGCUACUUCACCAUUCCGAGGGCCGACCCAGUGCGGCCCAUCGACCCGGCCGCCUGGCUGUCCCACACGGCGGCGCUGACGGGAGCCCUGCCCCGCUACGGUACGAGCCCCUGCUCCAGCGCCAUCACGCGCACCAGCUCCUCUUCACUAACCAGCUCGGUGCCUGGCGCUCCACAGCUGGAGGAGGCCCCGCUGACCGUGAAGAGUGACAUGGGCGCCGUCGUCCGGGUCAUGCAGCUGCCGGAUUCGGGACUGGAGAUCCGCGACCGCAUGUGGCUCAAGAUCACCAUUGCCAAUGCCGUCAUCGGGGCGGACGUGGUGGACUGGCUGUACACGCAUGUGGAGGGCUUCAGGGAGCGGCGGGAGGCGCGGAAGUACGCCAGCAGCAUGCUGAAGCGCGGCUUCCUGCGGCACACGGUCAACAAGAUCACCUUUUCCGAGCAGUGCUACUACGUCUUCGGGGACCUGUGCAGCAAUCUCGCGGCCCUGAACCUCAACAGCGGCUCCAGUGGAGCCUCGGACCAGGACACACUGGCCCCGCUGCCCCACCCGGCUGCGCCCUGGCCCCUGGGUCAGGGCUACCCCUACCAGUACCCGGGGCCCCCACCCUGCUUCCCACCUGCGUACCAGGACCCCGGCUUUAGCUAUGGCAGCGGCAGCACCGGGAGUCAGCAGAGCGAAGGGAGCAAAAGCAGUGGGUCCACCCGGAGCAGCCGUCGCCCGGGCCGCGAGAAGGAGUGCCGGGCGGCUGGAGCCGGGGGCAGCGGCAGUGAAUCGGACCACACGGCGCCAAGCGGGGUGGGCGGCAGCGGCUGGCGGGAGCGUCCGGCCAGCCAGCUCAGCCGCGGCAGCAGCCCGCGCAGUCAGGCCUCGGCCACCGCCCCAGGCCUUCCUCCGCUGCACCCCCUGACAAAGGCCUAUGCAGUGGUGGGUGGGCCGCCGGGGGGGCCCCCUGUCCGGGAGCUGGCCGCUGUGCCCCCGGAGUUGACAGGUAGCCGGCAGUCCUUCCAGAAGGCCAUGGGGAACCCCUGUGAGUUCUUCGUGGACAUCAUGUGACCGAUGGCGGGGCUGGAGGUCGUGCUGCACUGGCGUGCGUGUGAGCGGCUUAGUGGUCUGGCCGCCGGGACAGGCUGUGGGCGCUGGGCUGAGGGCACCCGGACCCCUGCAGUCUACACCUGGCAGCCCACCUUCUUCUGGGGUACCCUGGCAGUGGAGCAGGUUGCGUCUAUGCAGACUUGCACGGGGGAGACCCCGUCUCUGUCCUCAGCAGGUCUUAUCUGGCCACUCAGCGUGAGCCUCAGGGACCCCCGGCCCCCGUCUGGAGCUGACCCACCAGGGUGAAGAAGACCCUCUUGGGCUCCAUGCUGAUGUCCCCCCUCCCGCAGAGCUGGGCUCCAGCCCAGCGCCCCCUGCUCACCGAGGUCACGGACCUGCCCAUCUGGCCCCAGGCCCAGGGGGUGGAACUGGAGCCCCCAGGACCCUCUGGCUGCCUGCAGUAGGGAUCUAAUUUAUUUAUUUAUUGCCUGGCUGGUGUGCUCUGGGGGAGGCGGCGGCCCUGCCCUACCCAGUGGGAGGUCUGCAUGUCCUGGGCCAAGUGUGUGGACGGUUGGGCGGAGGCAGGGCAGGCUGUGCCGUCCCCCACUGUGUGUCAGCCAGGGCAGGAGGGGACAGGACCCCCAGGGUCAGGCACCGCUGUGCACAGCUGCUGCUGGGGUGGGGUCUCGGGGAGAUGGGAGGUCAGCCGGCCCACCCUCAGCGUCCUUGUGACCGUGUGCCCGCAUGCGCCACGCCUUCCUGGCGUUUCCGGCCCACGCCUGCGCUGUAGAUAUUGUAUCAAAGUCCCAGCGUCUGCGUAGUUAACAUAGCUGCUUCUGUGUAAAUGCUGCUUCUGUAUAAAUGCUAUUUUAAACAC